AUUUGUGUGUUUCAGACAAAAUGCGCUAAAACGCCACAUGCGACACAAGAGAGGAAUAGUGAUUUUGGUGUACCCGGAACGUCGGUUCACCAGAUCAGGAUCCAGAUUCAGCCCUCCUCUUCAGCGUUCCAGGAGACCAUCGAUAGAAAGGAAGAUGGGGAAGGACAAGUGACAAGCAGCAGUCUGAGGUCUGAAGCUGAAAUCGCAGGAAAUCAAGUUGAAGAACAGAACAUAAGACCUCAGGAAAGAAGGCAGUCUGAGGUAAAGAAGGUCAAGGCAUUGGAGACGAGAGUGAAAGAGAUGCAACACCAGGUUGAGGAAAGCAAUAACAAAUUAGAAGUGCUUGAAGAAAUGCUGCAAGAUCUAAAUGCCACUGUUUCUUACCAACCGACUCAACGACUGGAUCAGAUAUUCUCUGAUUCUAAAGCAACAGAGAGGCAAGCCUCAGGGUCGUUCGACGAAGGCUAUGGAUCAGGCACGGAUCAGAACCUCUCGUCUAUUCGUUUGGACACAGUGAAGGAUCAAGAAACCAACUAUAGGAGAUUGAAGAUCAGGUUAAUGGCUUCUGAUCGUCUAAGAAAAGUUUUGUCAGAGAAGGCGUCUGAGGUUGAGACCCUGCAGAAUGAACGUGAACAUCUCCUGUGUGAUGAAUCCAAGCUGGCAGACGGUCAGAGUCACGCACGCCAUGACCUCAUAUGCCUUGACAAUGCUCUUGACUCUGCCAGGAGAGAGAUUGAAAGUUUAAUGAUGCAAAUGAAGCUGAUGGAGGAAUUGGACCGCAAGGAAAUGGUUCAGAAGUUUGUGGUGCCGCGGGAUUCCAAACUAAGAGUGUUUCCCGUCAAUACCUCAAGAACAGACUGUGGUAGUAGGACUCAGAAGGAAUCCCUAUCUUCUCAACUCUCCGGUGGAAUGAAAAAGAAGAUGAAGCAACAACCCGUUCAACAGAAGAGGAAGAUGAAAAUGCAAGACACCAGAACCGAACCUCUUGACAGUGUCAGUCGUCGUCCCAGAGCUAUAAACAUUAAUAACUUGGAGCAUGAAGAGGAUAGCUCGUCGCUCAGGAAUCCCUCCGAGCUGAACACAGAGACCCUGAGGUUGAGAAGUAACAGCCUUCAACGCAGCAACCUCAACACAAACCAGUACCAUCACCCUUCACAUGGUUCCUCACGAUGGUCCACCAACCCUUCCAGGAGCCCCAGUCUCACGCAAGAGGAUAUCGGCCUUCAGCGAAUCGUAGCAGAGGUCAAAGGGUUGACCUACGGGAUUUCACGGGUUCUACGCGAAGCCCACGAUGGAGGAAGUCCCGGUAACUCGCGGUCAAGCGAUCCUUACUCUGAGAACGUGAAGCUGAACAAAAUAAUCAAGACCUUAAAAAUGGAGAAGUCAAGCAACAAGACGAUCGUUUUUGAGGCUGUUAAACGACUUCAGAGGGUCAACCAACGAAAACUGGAACGGCUUUGUGAUUAGUUAAUAAAAUAAAGUUAGAAUAAACGUAAGCAACCACGCUGACUAUUGUUGCUUCGCGCUUCCCGUAGCCAGCUGUUGUGCUACUGCUAGGCUGACUGCUGCUAGCUAGCUAGCUGUACAAUCUAACUAUUUAGCAAUAACAACACACAAGAUCACCGGGAAAAUGGAGGUCAAUCAAGCAAAACAGGAGCAUCUACUUGCAUUAAAAGUGAUGCGGUUGACAAAACCCACUCUCUUCACAAACAUGCCAGUGACAUGUGAAGAUCGAGACCUUCCAGGUGAUUUAUUUAGUCAGCUCAUGAGGACGGACCCGUCCACCAUCAAAGGGGCUGAGGCGCUGAUGCUGGGAGAGAUGCUCACGCUACCACAGAACUUUGGAAACAUCUUCCUGGGCGAGACCUUCUCGUGUUACAUCAGCGUGCACAAUGACAGCACCAAGGUGGUGAAAGACAUCCUGGUCAAGGCCGACCUUCAGACCAGCUCCCAGAGACUCAGCCUCUCGGCCUCCAACUCAGCCGUCACAGAACUCAAACCUGAAUGCUGUAUAGAUGAUGUCAUCCACCACGAAGUCAAAGAGAUCGGGACUCAUAUCCUGGUGUGUGCGGUCAGCUACACCACCCAGUUCGGGGAGAAGCUCUACUUCAGGAAGUUUUUUAAAUUCCAGGUCCUCAAGCCGCUGGACGUGAAGACCAAGUUCUACAACGCCGAGAGUGACCUCAGUUCUGUGACAGAUGAGGUGUUCCUGGAGGCCCAGAUCCAGAACAUCACCACCUCGCCCAUGUUCAUGGAGAAGGUGUCCCUGGAGCCCUCCAUCAUGUACAACGUGACGGAGCUCAACACCGUGGAGAGCGGGGAAGAAGGCGAGUCCACGUUCGGCAAGAUGUCGUACCUGCAGCCCAUGGACACACGUCAGUACCUGUACUGCCUGAAGCCCAAGCCCGAGUACGCCGAGAAGGCGGGCGUCAUCAAGGGCGUGACGGUGAUCGGCAAGCUGGACAUCGUGUGGAAGACCAACCUGGGGGAGCGCGGCCGGCUGCAGACCAGCCAGCUGCAGCGCAUGGCUCCGGGCUAUGGGGACAUCAGGCUGUCUCUGGAGAUGAUUCCUGACACCGUGAACCUUGAGGAGCCCUUUGACAUCAUCUGCAAAAUCACCAACUGCAGGCGACGGACGAUGGACCUGGUGCUGGAGAUGUGCAACACAAGGUCGGUCCACUGGUGCGGCGUGUCGGGCCGACAGCUGGGGAAGGUGGGCCCCAGCGCCUUCCUGUCCCUACCGCUGAAGCUCCUGUCCUCCGUCCAGGGCCUGCAGAGUAUCUCUGGACUGCGGCUCACUGAUACCUUUCUGAAGAGGACUUAUGAAUAUGAUGAUAUAGCGCAAGUCUGUGUGGUUUGUCCAUUUAUGAAUGAGAGCUAGUAUUUUGUUUUAUUCAAUGUUAUUCACAUAUUUAAUUUGAUUGGACCAAAUUUGCAUUUCCGUGUCUUGUCUUUGUCUUGGCUUGUUAUAUAUUUGCACAUCGAAAGAUAACAAGGUUUUGUUGUAAGGUUUCCAUGCUUUUCUUGUAAUAUAAACAUAAAUCUUUAUUAUUAAUUAUUUGAAUAAAAACCACUCAAAUCUG